CAUAUGUUCGUUUUGGUUUCUAGAAACAACAUCGUCUGUCAAAGAACAGUUGUGUGGUUAGAAAAUGAGACUGUUGCUUUUGAUUGCUGGAAUAUUCUGUAAAGUUACUCAAAGAAGUAAUUUGACAGCACGCAUUUAGAAAACCAAGUCUUAUUUUGUACAAAUAUAUUUAAGAUCUAUUCGCAAUUUGACAAUUGCCCACUUCUGCAAAAGCGUCGAGACGGAAAAUAGUUUUCCUGGUCGCGAGCUACCGCGAGGAUCUAUUCAAUCAUCACACCCCAGACUGUUGUCUUCAAAUUAAUACUUGCUAAAUGGGUGCUCAUCGAAGUGAGGGACGGAGGGAUUGGCUUCAACAAGAUGCUGUUGAACAGCCGCCCAUACAAACUAUGAAUCCAUGGAACAUCAUGAUAAAACACAGACAGGUCCAUCGCAGGGGCAGACGCUCACAGAUGACCGUGAGCUACACAGAUCCUGUUAUAUCCAUGGACCUCCUCCGAACGGUUCUGCAGCCCAGCUUCAACGAGGACAUUAUGGGAGUCUUCAGAAAAUACAUGAAGUUCUUUGAGAAAGCAGCCAGCAAUGUCAAGGAGAACGUUGGAGACAACGUGCAGACUGACCAGCUGAUCCGAGAAGCCUGCAGAAACUGCCUAGAAAAUGCCAAACAGAUCUUCUCAGAUGGGGAGAAAGCAGCAGUGGCAAGACCAGGGCCUGAGCUUCCAUUCAAACGGGUGAAACUGGAGGAUGAGUCCAGCCAGAGGGCCAGCCCUGUUCCAAAAAAGCGGAAAGGACGCCCAACCGCUCCUGUCGGUUCUUACGACAAACCUGUUACAUAUAGCAAUGUGCAAGUCAGGCCCAAGCCCAAGACAUUGGAGUCCGUAAAGCGUGAGGGACCAAAGUGGGACCCUUCCAGACUGAAUGAAGGAAGCACAUUUGUUCUUGGGUCCAGGGCAAACAAGGCUUUAGGAAUGGGCGGCACCAGAGGAAGGAUUUACAUCAAACAUGCUGAACUCUUCAAGUAUGCGGCUGAUGCUCAGGACAAACACUGGUUGGCAGAGAGACAGCAUAUGAGAGCCACAGGUGGAAAGAUGGCCUAUCUCCUUAUUGAAGAGGACGUCCAGGACCUUUCUCUGAGUGACGAUUACAAUAGAAGUAUGGCCUCUCAAAAUAUGGACCCUGCAGCCGCCUCGUCCACAGCAGCUCUGAAAGGCACUGAGACCGGUGGGAGUGCAGCAAAGGGCUCAGUCACGAAGAGACUUCAACAAGAACUGAUGACACUAAUGAUGUCUGGAGAUAAAGGGAUCUCUGCUUUCCCGGAGUCUGACAACCUUUUUAAGUGGAUAGGAACGAUAGACGGAGCUCAGGGAACAGUUUACGAAGGCCUGAGGUACAAGCUGUCGUUGGAGUUCCCCAGUGGCUACCCGUACAAAGCCCCCCGAGUGAAGUUCAUCACGCCAUGUUUUCACCCCAACGUCGAUGAUCAGGGCUUCAUCUGUCUGGAUAUCUUGAAAGACAAAUGGUCAGCCCUGUACGACGUACGGUCCAUUCUUCUGUCCAUCCAGAGUUUAUUAGGAGAGCCCAACAUUGAGAGUCCAUUGAACACUGCUGCUGCUGAACUUUGGGAUAACCAGGAAGCCUUCAAAGCCCAUUUGAACACAACCUACAAGAACUGACUCAAGCUCCUACAAUCCUGCCAUGUGUUUUAUUUCUAUGUGUUUUUCUAUGCUUCUAAUUAUGUACAUUUCAAUACUGGGUAUGUCUCUACAAUAUUUUUUUUUGUAUGACCUCUAUGUGAAUAAAGAUGUCUAGGUAUGUUAA